GGCUCCCCCGGGAGCAGCCCCGAGCCGCGGCAGCGCGCGGCGGAGCCGCCCGGCUCUGGGUCGCCUCGGGGAAGCGGGGAGGCUCUGCCUUGCCGCGGCAGGAGGAUGCGUGCGCGGGGUUUGCAUCAGCACCCUCCUGCCUGCAACCUGGGAUCGCGUUGGUGCUUGAAUCCCUCCUCCUCCCCUCCCUCCCGCUCCCCCGUCUCGCAGCUAGAGGCUGGUGAAGUUGUGUUUGCACACGAGAUGGCUUCGCAGCAGAGAUCGCUCUGAAAAAAAGAUCUCCCCACUUCCCCCUUUCGCCGUGGCCUUGGAGCAGUAAGUGACGGGAAGGAAGUAAAGUUGCAAACAACCUGCAGCAGCAGCAACUUUCUGGGCUGCUACAGCUGCAUGUGUUCAAGGUGCCUUUGAUGUGUGCAGCAGCUUCUGGAAAGUGGACUGCAGCUUUCCCACUCGUCAGCCCUCCCUCUCCCCCACCCUCCCAGCCUCCCCUCCCACCACCGCCACUUCAGCCCACACACGCAAUUUGUUUGAGAAAAACUGAUGAAAUGAACAAGAAGUGGUGAAUUACCCAAGCGACUUUCCUUGAAGAGCGAUCGAGCCUGGGAAGAGGAGCUCCAGCAAGCCCAGCGCAGCCGCCCGGCGCACCGGAGCUGGCCAGGAGGGACCAGCCGUCAACUGAGCGGGGACCUGUGGGGGCUGCAUGGUUGGUGGAGUGUUAGUGUAUCUCCAUAGCAAGAUGCAAAAAGCCUUAUCUGCUUGCAUUUGACUUGCGAUGCCGGCUUCUUACUAGAAUGCAAGCCCUUGCACAGGAUGAAAACAGGUCAUUCUUCCAGAAUGCCAGAGGAAAGUUCACCAAAGCGGAGUCCUCUAAACAUCCCAUAUAAGGACCUGCCCCAUAUCAUCAAUGCUGAUGGGCAGCAUCUCUUCUGCAGGUAUUGGAAGCCAGCAGGAACUCCCAGGGCCCUCGUGUUUAUUGCUCAUGGUGCUGGGGAACACUGCGGCCGUUAUGAUGACUUGGCCCAGAGGCUGACAGGACUUAACUUGUUUGUAUUUGCCCACGACCAUGUUGGCCAUGGGCAGAGCGAGGGUGAUCGUAUGGUUGUGUCAGAUUUCCACAUCUUCAUCAGGGACAGCUUGCAGCACAUUGAUCUCAUGAAGAAAGAGCAUCCUGGCCUCCCCAUUCUCAUUCUGGGACACUCCAUGGGGGGAGCCAUCUGCAUUCUGACAGCUAGUGAGAGACCCAGUGAGUUUUCAGGCAUGCUGUUAAUCUCUCCUUUAGUGGUAGCCAACCCAGAAGUCGCCACACCCAUCAAGGUUUUUGCAGCUAAAGUGCUCAACUUUGUUCUCCCAAACCUGUCCCUGGGAUCAAUAGAUCCAAAUGCAAUUUCCCGGAACAAGAAGGAGAUGGAAUCGUACACAGCAGAUCCCCUGGUCUACCACGGUGGCAUGAAGGUCUCCUUUGUCAUCCAGCUGAUGAAUGCCAUUGCCAGAAUUGAGCGAGCUCUGCCCAAGCUCACUCUGCCCAUCCUGGUACUACAUGGCUCUUCUGACAAGCUCUGUGACAUCAAAGGGUCCUAUUUACUGAUGGACACAGUGCAGAGCCAGGACAAAACACUCAAGGUAUAUGAGGAAGCCUAUCAUGCCCUCCACAAAGAGCUGCCUGAGGUCACUACCUCUGUCUUCACAGAAAUACUAACAUGGGUUGGCCAGAAGGUCCCAGCAGCUGAGGAAACCAGCCAUACUUAAGAGCAAUUAUUUUUGCAGCUCUUUCUGGGGUUUUCUGGGGAUAGAUGCUGUUCUUAAUAGAAGUCUCUCUGAAAAAGAUCUAACACAGAGGGGCCCUUGGGAUAUUUUACCAUGCACAGCAUGAGGGAGGGUGGGGGGAGAGGCACAAGAUGGAGCACUUUUUGCUCACAUAAAUGGCCAUUGCCCUAAUCUCAGAAAGAAUUUAUAGCUGUGAGAGCAACCAUUAAAGCUUUCCAGGUUGGGUGGCUUUAUUAAACAGCCCCUUAUCCACUAAGCCUCCUCUAUCACUUCCCCUUCUCUGUUUUUGCUGAGGUACCAGGAGUGUAUUUAUACUGCAAUAAUUUUUGGUAUGUUAAACAAGUCCGUAUCUUCCAUUUUAUGGUUUUGAUUCCAGGUAUGUACAGUCCCAUCCCUCUUCCCACCAUCCAGUACCUUAAAAGUCCUGGCCCUUGAGAGGAGAGUGCUGGCUGGGUAACGCAGAGAGGCUGAAAGGCAGAGCUGAUGGGGGUGGGAACAGACUGAUGCUUGAAAGUGAAAGGCUAGUUUUCAAGGUCAGACCCCUUCGGAUGCUACCUUUAUUAGCAGACCAGGCCCAAGGGGAGAGAAUACACAGUGUGUGUUUUCUCCCCCCACCCUAACUCCUCUGUGAGUUUGUGCUCUGGGAAAGCAUGUUGAACAGCUUUUUAACUUUCAUCAUCGGAACAAAAUCCCAGAGGGGAAAAGGAUGAAUGUAGAAUCAAACUCACUUAGCACAUUCAAAAACCGUGCUAUUCUCAGUGCCAACCCCCAUCUCCUCUGCAAGGUGAACUACUCUGUAAAUAUUCCUAGGGGCUGCUUUCUUUCUUUCUUUUAAUUUUUGGAUUAAUUACUUGUGCUACUGAAACUAAAGAAGCAAAGUCAGAGUUUUAAGAGAAUAUAGUAAUAUAAUAUAUGAUGUAUAUAGCAGUGGCUGGGAGCUGGGGAAGAAAUGGGAGGAGAGUCUAAAGAAGGGGUUAAUUGUUCCUUUUCUUGGCAAGGAAUAAUGUUGUCCUACCAGGAUCCAGUUCUCUCACCAUAACUUUACAGUCAUAAUCUGUUGUUUUCCUUCAUCAGUUGGAAAAUGUCCUGAAAAAAAUGCUACAGAGAAGCGCAGAGCAUCUGGUGGGUGGGGAGUAGCAGUGGGUGUCCUCAUGGGCCAUCAGUUUAGUAGGAGACCCAAAGCAUGAAUAGAAAUCCUUUCCAAGCACCACCCGUUCUCCUCCUAAGCAGCAUAGCCACCAGCAUAGCAGGGUCAGCACGGGGCUGAGCUCAUCCUUUUACACAAGGUGGGGAGCUAAACGCAGAGUAUAGGGUACAAUCAGUCCAAUGUAAGUCUUGCUGUCCUGGGGGUAUUCAGGGGCACUGGUGUGCAAGCUGCCUUGGAGCACCCUGUGAGCUGAUUCCGUGGGGCAGACGAGCCAAAUGCUAGAGCUGACUGGGUCUCCAAUGGCAGAGGGGCUAAAGGAAAGACCAAAGACCCUGUCAUGGAGCAAGGGCAUUAUAUCAACACAGCAAAAGCAGUGUAGUGAUCACAACACAGCUGUGCUGGUAAAUUUACCCAAAAGAUGGCCCUAAUUAUUAGUAUGCCUCUUGGCAUUAGCCAAAGGGAAGAGGUUUAACUUGCCUGUCUCCCUUCAGUUUUGCAAGAAGCAGCCGCCAGUAAAUGCUCCAUAAGAGAAACUGGAGCAUCUUGCACAGUGACAAAACAAGACCCCUGUUUCCUUCCCUGGUAGCAGUGGAAGUAGUGGUAGCAGUUCUGGCACAAUUCAGGAAAGGGACCUCUGUGCAAUAACAGUCAGAAUCAGGUCGGACCCCAUGUAGCCCCAUCGAUGAGGAUGUACCAGCAAUGCAUGGAGGCAUGUUAUGCCCUUGUCCUCACAACUGCCUUGGGGACCUAGUCAGGAAAGCUCUUUUAUGAGCUGGUGUGGGCAUUUCUACACUUGUGUUUUCCUGCCUCUGAAGAGAGGAAUCAGCUGUAGUUUUCCUAGCAAUGUGAGCUUUUGAUUAAAAUGUUAUUCCAGUGCAAUCUAGCACUCUCACUAACCCCUGCUGAACCUGCAGCGACACUUGCUAGUAGAAUGAGGAGAUGCACAGGUUGCCUGCUCCGUAUCUUCCCACGGGCUGGCUUGCUCUAACAUUUUUUUCACUGAGCAAGGUCUCUCCUUGUCAAAUACUGUGGGGGAAAGACAGCAAGUGUGGAAAGAUUUCAGUGGUGAUAAUCCUCACCUGCUUCUUCAGCUGGAACAGGAAUUGAGCUGGCAUGAUCCAGUGGUGCCAGAUGUUUGGGGUAGUAGCAAGAUGGUAACUUAAGGAUGAGAUUUUUCAAAAGCACUUUUGCUGAGGAAGUCAGUAGGAGCAGAUCCAUGCCCAUGGCCUUUAAAUCCCUUCCCAAACUGACACGCACUUUGUGGGGGAGAGGGAAGUGACCCUCCAGCAGGAAGGUCAGGGCCCAUCUGCUCCUUCCAACCUGGCUUCAGGCAGAGGAAGGUCUGCAAUCAGUGCCUUUGCUAAAGCGUGUCCUUUCACCAAGGAGCAUCUGCAGCUCAGAAGAAAUAAAAGGAAACCAAUUAUGUCAAUCUAGGGAAGACUCAUCCCUGUAUCUAGCUAAGCUCAGCAACGAUAUGUGGCCCAGGGAAGCUGCAUUUGAAAAUCAGAUCAACAAACAAAAACAUAGCUCAGUUUAAAAUACAACAACAAAAAAACUCACCCCCACGCACAGCAGAGGUUGAUGCCACCCUCAGCCAACUUUCUGAAGAGCCAUCUUUUAAGGAAAUUAGCACAGGGAAACCUUCCUGAAAAGAAGCCCUAGACUUUCUGCCAGGCUACCUGCUGCCUGCCUCUGCCCAUGUACACCUCCAGAUUUUCAGGUGGUGGAAAUUAGUGUGGAAGCAGCAAGCCACAAGCAAAUCAGCAUGGGCCACUUGAGAUGCUGAUUUCCAGCAGCCAGUUCUCAGCCAGCACAGUCCAGCUCUCACUGCUGUUGCUGAUCCCUUACCCUGCGCGUAAGCUACUUUAUAUUGACCCAGUUAGGUUGCACCAUGCCCUGGAGGAACGCUUCCUUUAUUGAUCAGAUUAGCAACGAGCAGAGCUGCUGCUAAGGGAAAUGCAAUUAAAGUCUAUUUUCAAAUGGCAGUUACCAUUUAUAGGGAAGAGCACAGCUGGCCUCGUGAACGUUGCUGGGUGGAGAUACUCGAGAGGCCUGUCUGCCUUUGGGAAUAGGUGGCGUUCACGACUGAGCAAUAGUAACGUGCAACUACUGUAUAUAUCACUACCUGUAGCACUGAGGGACCAUUCCCCCAGGCCUACCCGUGACAUUUUCUAUUUAGUCUGUUCUUUUUAUACCACUUCCCUAGCACACUGCCAGCACAAACCCAUUGAGAUCACACUUAAUUUUUGAAGUAAUUUCUGAGCUUGUCUCUCUUUGUUCCACUGUGUUCCAGUUCAAUAAAAUACAUACAUACAUAUAUAUAUAUAUAUAUAUAAAAACAUAUAUACAUACACAUGUAUUUUCAGUGGGAAAAACCAUGUACAAGUUUAGGAUUCUUAAAGGAAUACAAUGUAUAUUGCAACUAAUAAUAAAGUUAUGUUUUCUGAA